AUGUACAAGGGUCCACUCUUGGCUACCGGUGAGAAGUCAAUAGACCCAAAAGAUUGGCAUGGCUUUUGCAUAGAUCUCCUCAACGAAUGCGCUGCAGCCCUUCAAUUCAACUACACUGUCCACCCAGUUGCCGACGGUACCUACGGCAGUGCCACAAUAAUUAAUGGCAUCGAGGUCUGGGAUGGCAUAAUUGGAGAGCUUCAGUUUAAGAAAGCUGACCUUGCGGUUGCCAUGCUUACCAUCAACUACGAGCGUGAGAGGGUAAUUGACUUCACAACUCCAUUCAUGAAUCUUGGUGUGAGUAUCAUCUUCAAGAAACCGCAGGGAAAGCAACCUGAUCUAUUUGCCUUCCUUCGUCCGCUAUCACCUACCGUUUGGGGCUACGUUUUAAUUGCUUACGUUGGCGUCAGCAUGGCGUUAUUCUUCGUUGGCCGAUUCAGUCCCUAUGAGUGGCAUAACCCGCAUCCAUGCAACGUGGAUUCUGAACUUUUGGAAAAUACCUUUAAUAUGCUUAACAGCCUGUGGUUUACAAUCGGCUCUUUGAUGCAACAAGGUUCAGAUAUUCUGCCACGAGCUACGUCAACGCGGAUAGUCUCGGGAUUUUGGUGGUUCUUCACCCUCAUUAUAAUUUCCUCCUACACGGCCAACUUGGCUGCAUUUCUCACAGUGGAGAGAAUGAAGGUGCCCAUUGAAGACGUCAAUGACCUCGCCAAACAAACCAAAAUCAAAUAUGGAACUCGUGACGGUGGAUCAUCGGCUGCGUUUUUCGAGAAAUCUAACGUCAGCACCUACCAGCGUAUGUGGCAGUUCAUGUCCUCGCACAAGAACGUGAUGAUGAAUAACACGGAGGAGGCGAUUGCUCGCGUCAGACGCGGAGGCUACGCAUAUAUUCUGGAAUCUACAAUUAAUGAAUACUACACGCAGCGAAACUGUGAUCUCAUGCAAGUAGGCAACAAUCUUGACUCGAAAGGUUAUGGCAUCGGAUUUCCUCAGGGUUCAAAGUAUCGUGACUCUUUCUCUGAAGUCAUUCUCGCCCUUCAGCGUUCACAGACACUCGAAGAAAUGCGCAGGUACUGGUGGCGAAACUACAGCAUCACAGAACCAUGUAAUGACGCGCCGUCCAAGGUGUCAGAUACCAAUUCGCUGGGCGUAGAACAAGUAGGCGGCUGCUUCGUUAUGGUUCUGAUUGGACUGGGUGCAUCGCUUCUCAUCAGUCUCUCCGAAUUCCUCUACAAAGCUUAUCAACGCUCUAAAACCUCAAAGGUAUUAAUCAGCGACUUUAAAACUCUGGUUUUGCAGCGAAUCAAAUUACUUACCGAAGAAAAAACGGCAGUUUAUCUGGAAUUCCAGUUUAUCUGGAAUUGGUCAAUAAUAAGUAGGUAUAAUCACAAUAUAUAA